ACCCAUCUCUAUCUCUCACAAACCAACAAACAACACAGGAACAAUCUUUCUCUUUUGUUUUAUCCUAAUCUCCCCUGGGUCAUUUCUUCUUGCUCAUUAUCUAAUUUUAUCCUUAGGGUGUCUCAAAAGGUUCUCGUUUUCCUUUCAUGGAGUUCUUUGUUUAGUUUUCCUUCUUAUGAGCUAACCUUAUAUAGACAAAAGAUCUCAUAUUUUUGCUCUUGAAUUGAAUUUAGUUUCUAUUUUACUCAGUACUCUUCCUGUGAAGUGAUUUGGAAAGAUUCAGCUAGUUGAGGAAGGAACUUAUGGUGAUUGGUUUUAUCAUAGAGUGUUUAGGUGUUGAGUUCUUGAUUUGGUCUAAUUAGCUAUAAAUGUUGCAUUCUUUUUCAUGUCUUGUCUGUUUAGAUUCACCAGGAUUUGGAAUUCAGGAUCUUUUGUUGUAAGUUGUAAACUCCAUCUAGGUUUGAUGUAUGAUUCUCUUGGCUCUCUAGUUAAGACUUUGGUGUUAAAACUAGUUUGGGUGGAAGAAACUAAAAAAACAUGGAGGAUGUUGAAGCUGCUAGCAAAUUAGCUAUAGAAAGCUGUUAUGGAGUCUUAAACCUCUUGUCACAACAACAAACCAGCAGUGAUUCCAAAUCUCUAAUGGUUGAAUCAAGAGAAGUAGUUUCCAAGUUCAAGAGAGUAGCCUCUCUUUUAACCAGUGGUUCAGGUCAUGGAAAGUUUAGAAGAACCAACAACAAGUUCAGUCCAUCUUUUCCUCAGCAUAUCUUCUUGGAGAGCCCUGUUUGCUGUGGUAACGAAGUGAGUAGUGAUUACACUCAAGUUCUUGCACCUGAGCCUCUUCAGAUGGUUCCAGCCUCUGUUUCUUAUGAUGACGUUGACCCAAGACACCAAUUGGGUCACCCACUUAGCCACCAAAUGUGUGUUGAGAAGUCGUUACUGGAGUCAAAGCCACCGCCCUUUCGACCUCCUUAUCAGUUAAUCCACAACCACCAGCAAAUAGCUUACUCUAGGAGCAAUAGCGGUGCAAACCUGACGUUUGAUGGAUCUGGUAGUAGCUGCUAUACACCUAGUGCAUCAAACGGAUCAAGAUCGUUUGUAUCAUCUCUUAGUAUGGAUACUAGUGUGGUGGACUACGAUAGGACCUCGUUCCAGUUAACCGGAUUAUCCAGGAAGAUGUGCUCUGGUAGUUUGAAAUGCGGAAGCCGAAGCAAAUGUCAUUGUUCCAAGAAGAGGAAACAUAGGGUGAAAAGAUCAAUCAAGGUGCCUGCAAUCAGCAACAAGAUUGCAGAUAUUCCUCCAGAUGAGUAUUCAUGGAGGAAGUAUGGUCAGAAACCUAUCAAGGGCUCACCACAUCCACGGGGAUACUACAAGUGCAGCAGUGUGAGAGGUUGUCCUGCAAGGAAGCAUGUGGAGCGAUGUGUAGAUGAAACUUCGAUGUUAAUUGUGACUUACGAAGGUGAGCAUAACCAUUCAAGGAUAUUGUCUUCGCAAUCAGCUCACACAUGAUGGAAUCAGAGUCAGUCACUGCCUGUCCUUUUUGCUGUCUACUCUUGGAUUUGAAGAAGAAUGAUUUUGGAUUCAAGAAACUAGUCUUUGUAGUGUUAGCUGUGGUUUGCAAUUGUAUAUUCCACUUUGACAUGAGUUGUAAGAGCGUUUUGUGAACUUGGAUUAUGUGGCAAUACCGACAAGCAUCAACAAUUUGGCUUCA